AUGCAUAGUCUAACUGAAGGAGUAAAAGACUUGACAAAAAAAUUCAAUGCUUUUGCACUCAUGUCUACAAAUGCACAAUGCUAUAUGUGUUCUAGUUCAUCUCAUCCUAGUGAAGCAUGUCCUGUCUAUUCUACCUCUGAACCUUCAGAUGCUCAAGUGUGUGCCUUUAAUACCUAUAGGAGACCGACUGCUAAUACCUUUAGCCAAACUUACCAUCCUGAUACUAGAAACCAUCCUAAUUUUUCUUGGCAACAAAAUUUGCCUCCCCAAAACUUAGGUGGUCAUCCCGGUUUCCAAGGUACCUUGCCUAGCCAACUUGAAAUCAACCUUCAAGCCAAAGGGGUUCAUCACAUUGAAACUUCCUCUUCCACUGACCAAUCCAAUGGCCAUGUGAAUUCCAUCAUCACGCUUAGGUCAAGGAAACAAAUUGAUAAUAAGGUUGAGCUACCUACCCAACAUGAACAUGAACCAUCCGAGUCUCGUGCAUUAAACCCUCCAAAAGCAAAAAAAGACCGAGAUUCUCAAAUUAAUAAUCCUAUUCUUCUGCCUUAUGUUCCACCUGCACCUUUCCCUUCCCGACUAGUUAACAAUAAAAAGGAUUUGCAAUACAGUGAAAUCUCAGAAAAUUUUCAAAAUCUUCAGAUUAAUAUUCCAUUUCUCACUGCCAUCAAGCAAAUUCCUUCUUAUGCAAAGUUCAUCAAAGACUUAGUCAAGAGGAAAACCCACAUCCCAAAGGAAGUCUUCAUAGCCCAACAUUGUUCCUCAUUCUUACAAAACCAAGCUAUAGUCAAACAUAAAAACCCUGGUAGUCCGACUAUCACUUGUAGGAUUGGCGACACUUUUGCUGACCAGGCCCUAUUGGAUUUAGUUGCUAGUGUGAACUUGCUACCUUAUUCUGUGUACCAAGAGUUAGGAUUAAACAAUUUGAGGAAAACCGAUGUUAGAAUCCAAUUAGCUGAUCGAUCAGUUAAGACUCCAAGGGGUAUCAUUGAGGAUGUGAUUGUCAAAGUGGCCGAUUUUUAUUAUCCAAUCGACUUCAUUGUUCUAGACACCCAACCUACUCAAGGUAAACAGAUUCCCAUCAUUUUAGGUUGCCCAUUCUUAGCUACCGCCAAUGCAUUGAUCGAUUGUAGAAAUGAGAACAUGACUUUAACCUUUAGAAAUAUGAAAGUGGAAGUGAAUGUGUUUAGUUUGAUGAAACAACCCCCUGACUCAGAUUCUAUUGAAGAAGAGACCCAGCUACUUGAGGUGCUUAGGGCGAAUAAAGAAGCCAUAGGUUGGUCUAUUGAUGAUAUCAAAGGCAUUAGUCCUUUAGUGGUGCAAUAUCGUAUUCAUUUGGAGAAUGAUGCUAAAACCUGUAGGCAACCCCAGAGGAGACUAAAUCCUAACUUGAAGGAAGUUGUCCGUACAGAAGUUAUCAAACUCCUUGAUGCCGGUAUCAUAUAUCCAAUCUUUGAUAGCCAGUGGGUAAGUCCAGUCCAAGUGGUUCCUAAGAAGUCCGGCAUUACUGUCGUUCCUAAUGAUCGUAAUGAGUUAGUUCCUACCCGUGUCCGAACAGGAUGGCGAGUUUGCAUUGACUAUCGAAAGCUCAAUAGUGCAACUAGGAAGGAUCAUUUUCCUCUACCAUUUAUUGACCAAAUGUUAGAGAAAUUGGCCGGUAAAUCUUUCUAUUGCUUCUUAGAUGGUUAUUCUGGCUAUAAUCAAAUCCCUGUCCACCCUGAUGACCAACACAAGACCACUUUUACCUGCCCAUUUGGUACAUUUGCUUAUCGUCGUAUGCCAUUUGGCUUAUGCGAUGCACUCGCUACAUUCUAG